UCUCUCUCUCUCUCUCUCUCUCUCUCUCUCUCUCUCUCUCUCAUCAAAACCACGACGGGUUCUCCGCAGCUCCCAUGCACCUCAAAGAGGAGAAAGAGAACAGCAGCAGAGGGAACACAAGAGCAGACAGAAGAGAAAAGGAGGGUUCAGGGUUAGACAUUCUCAGAUGCAGGGGUAGGGAGUAGAAAGGGAGCACACCUCCUUGAUUUUCCCAUCCCCGCCCCUCUUUGCUUUUCCCUUUCUCUCCCCUUCUCUGUAUAGCAUUUUGCGGAAGCAUUAGCAGAGGGGAACAGAAACGCCUAGUCUAGAAUUGGAGGUGGCGGGAGCUCCAGCCAGCUGCUACCUCGCGGCUGAACCUUUAGUGUGCCUGUAAGAGUGUGAAUGCGGUUCUCCCUCUUUCUGUCUCUGGCUCAUUCCCUGCCUUGCUCUGGCUCUCUCUUGCUCCCUAGCUUUUCCUUCUUUCUUCUGUUCACAGCACCGCGCCAGAGAUCCUUGUCAGUUUCUCUUGACAGUUUCUUCUCUAGUGUGUGUGGCUGGCUGUGCGAAUGGAGUGCCUGCAUUUGAGGGGACUAAGGUAAGGGUCACAAAGCAGAGCCCGCUGAAGAGAGCGAAAGCAAGGCAAGGAUAGAGCAAAGAGUUUCGGUGAGCUGGCUGAGGAUAAAGGUGAGGGCGUAUGGCCAGUAAAAAGGAAGUUUGGCGAUAACUGAAGAGGAAAGGGAGGAACGAAAUCAGGAGCCGGUACUUGAGCCCUGCACCGCAUUCCGCCCCUUCCCCUGUGCUUCUUGGCCCACCGGCUCAGCAGCCUGCAGCGCCUAGGCUGUCCCACGCUGCCGCUGCUAGUUGCUGUGGAAGAGAGGUCCAACAAAGCUGCAAGUACCCAGUGGCCUGGUCUACGGACAUCGGAGGACUCACAUCUCAAGAAAACACUGGUCCUCGGCAGCUUCAGUUAUGAGGAUUGGCCCACAACUGAGUGUCUAAUAAGAGCUGACUUGCUGCAAUCAAUGAAAUGCUUUAAGAAUCUGCUUAUGAUUCUGGAUUUCAUCCAAAACAAGAUUGAUAUCACAGUUGCAGCUCUCUAAAUUGCUAUGAACCAUGGCCCAGCUGUACUACAAGAAGGUUAAUUACUCACCAUACAGAGAUCGCAUUCCCCUGCAGAUCGUGAGAGCUGAGACAGAGCUCUCUGCAGAGGAGAAGGCCUUCCUCAAUGCAGUAGAGAAGGGGGACUAUGCCACUGUGAAGCAGGCCCUGCAGGAAGCUGAGAUCUACUACAAUGUCAACAUCAACUGCAUGGAUCCUUUGGGCCGGAGUGCCCUGCUUAUUGCCAUUGAAAAUGAGAAUUUGGAGAUCAUGGAGCUACUGCUGAACCACAGCGUGUAUGUGGGCGACGCAUUACUCUAUGCCAUCCGCAAGGAGGUGGUAGGUGCCGUGGAACUUCUGCUCAGCUACAGGAAGCCUAGUGGAGAGAAACAGGUCCCUACACUGAUGAUGGACACCCAGUUCUCUGAGUUCACACCGGACAUCACUCCCAUCAUGCUGGCUGCUCACACCAACAACUAUGAGAUCAUCAAAUUGCUUGUCCAAAAACGAGUCACUAUUCCCCGUCCUCACCAGAUCCGCUGCAACUGUGUGGAGUGUGUGUCCAGUUCAGAGGUAGAUAGCCUGCGCCACUCCCGUUCUAGACUGAACAUCUAUAAAGCCCUAGCAAGCCCUUCACUCAUUGCCUUAUCAAGUGAAGACCCUAUCCUAACUGCCUUCCGCCUGGGCUGGGAGCUCAAGGAGCUCAGCAAGGUAGAGAAUGAGUUUAAGGCUGAAUAUGAAGAGCUCUCUCAGCAGUGUAAGCUCUUUGCCAAAGAUCUACUGGACCAAGCUCGGAGCUCCCGGGAACUAGAGAUCAUCCUCAACCAUAGAGAUGACCACAGUGAAGAGCUUGAUCCCCAAAAGUACCAUGACCUUGCCAAGCUGAAAGUGGCAAUCAAAUACCAUCAGAAAGAGUUUGUUGCUCAGCCCAACUGCCAACAAUUGCUUGCCACACUGUGGUAUGACGGCUUCCCUGGAUGGCGGCGGAAACACUGGGUAGUCAAGCUUCUGACCUGCAUGACCAUUGGGUUCCUGUUUCCCAUGCUGUCUAUAGCCUAUCUGAUCUCACCCAGGAGCAACCUUGGACUGUUCAUCAAGAAACCCUUUAUCAAGUUCAUCUGCCACACAGCAUCCUAUUUGACCUUCCUCUUCAUGCUUCUCUUGGCUUCUCAGCACAUUGUCAGGACAGACCUUCAUGUACAAGGGCCUCCUCCAACUGUGGUAGAAUGGAUGAUAUUGCCUUGGGUUCUAGGUUUCAUUUGGGGAGAGAUUAAGGAAAUGUGGGAUGGUGGAUUUACCGAAUACAUCCAUGAUUGGUGGAACCUGAUGGAUUUUGCAAUGAACUCCCUCUACUUAGCAACUAUUUCCUUGAAAAUUGUGGCCUAUGUCAAGUAUAAUGGUUCUCGUCCAAGGGAGGAAUGGGAAAUGUGGCACCCAACUUUGAUUGCAGAGGCACUCUUCGCCAUAUCCAACAUUUUAAGUUCUUUGCGUCUCAUAUCCCUGUUCACAGCCAACUCUCACUUAGGGCCUCUGCAGAUCUCUUUGGGACGCAUGCUGCUUGAUAUCCUCAAAUUCCUCUUUAUCUACUGCCUGGUACUGCUGGCUUUUGCCAACGGACUGAACCAGCUUUAUUUUUAUUAUGAGACCAGAGCUAUUGAUGAGCCUAACAACUGCAAGGGGAUCCGGUGUGAGAAACAGAACAAUGCCUUCUCCACGCUCUUUGAAACCCUCCAGUCACUCUUUUGGUCUGUGUUUGGCCUUUUAAAUCUCUAUGUCACCAACGUGAAAGCCAGACAUGAGUUCACCGAGUUUGUGGGAGCUACUAUGUUUGGGACAUACAAUGUCAUCUCCCUGGUGGUGCUGCUGAACAUGCUGAUUGCCAUGAUGAACAACUCCUACCAGCUUAUUGCUGAUCAUGCUGAUAUUGAGUGGAAAUUUGCAAGGACAAAGCUCUGGAUGAGUUACUUUGAUGAAGGAGGCACCUUGCCACCUCCUUUCAACAUCAUCCCCAGCCCCAAAUCGUUUCUAUAUCUUGGUAACUGGUUCAACAAUACCUUCUGCCCUAAAAGAGAUCCUGAUGGUAGAAGGAGAAGACACAACUUGAGAAACUUCACCGAACGCCAUGCUGACAGCUUGAUACAAAAUCAACAUUAUCAGGAAGUUAUUAGGAAUUUAGUCAAAAGAUACGUGGCUGCUAUGAUAAGAAAUUCCAAAACAAAUGAGGGGCUAACAGAAGAAAACUUUAAGGAAUUAAAGCAGGACAUUUCUAGCUUUCGAUAUGAAGUGCUUGACCUCCUAGGAAAUAGAAAACACCCAAGAAGAAGCUUUUCCACUAGCAGCACUGAACUCUCUCAGAAAGAUGAUACCAAUGAUGGCAGUGGUGGAGCUCGGGCCAAAUCCAAGAGUGUUUCUUUCAAUUUAGGCUGCAAGAGAAAGGCCUGCCACGGGACACCUCUCAUUACAACCAUGCCAAGAGCCAGCGGUACCCAAGGGAAGUCAAAAGCCGAGUCAUCAAGCAAACGCUCCUUCAUGGGUCCUUCCCUCAAGAAACUGGGUCUCCUAUUCUCCAAGUUUAAUGGUCAUAUGUCUGAACCCAGUUCAGAGCCAAUGUACACAAUUUCUGAUGGAAUCGUUCAGCAGCACUAUAUGUGGCAGGACAUCAGGUAUUCUCAGAUGGAGAAAGGGAAAGCAGAAGUGUGUUCUCAAAGUGAAAUGAACCUCAGUGAGGUAGAAUUAGAUGAAGUCCGGGGCACUGCUCAGAGCAGUGAAUGCCCUCUAGCCUGUUCCAGCUCUCUUCACUGUGCAUCCAGCAUUUGUUCCUCAAAUUCUAAACUUUUAGACUCCUCAGAGGAUGUAUUUGAAACUUGGGGAGAGGCUUGUGACUUGCUCAUGCACAAAUGGGGUGAUGGACAGGAAGAACAAGUUACAACUCGGCUCUAAGUCAAGUUCCUAACACAUGUCCUGGAAUUCAAAAAACAUUUGUAAUUUCCUUGCUCUCAGAGGUGACAUAGAAUAUAAUUCCCUCACUGCCCCCCCUAGGAGAGUGAAACUCUUAUUAUUUUCAGUCUUUUUUAAAAGCUACAUUCUACAUUUUGUUCUUGUUUUCUAUUAUGAUUUGCCUUUUGGUAACCACAAACACUAAAUCCAUCUCACAAUAACUAAAGGGGUAAUGCUCCUAAUCAGCAAAGGUACAGUAGGGUGCUUCACCCUUUUGCUUUGCUUUUUCAUUUCUUCCCCUUGUUUUCUUGAAGCUCCAGGUGCCACUUUGCUAUUGUUGCUGCUGCACAGAUUCCUGACCUCCCUCAGGAUCUCACGCCAGCUUCCCACAGGGCUGAGGGAUGUGGUCAAUAGUUCCCACCAGCUAUCAGAUAAGGCAAACUAACCUGCCUAUCUCUGUUGCCGUUCUACACGCUGCCCAUGCUGGUUCAAUGAACAGCAUCAAAGGGAGGCUGAUUAGACUCCAAAAAAUUGUCAGCUUAUGAUUUCUAGAUUUAACUGGCCUUUUUGUUUUGUUUUGAAACACUACAACUUCUUGUUGUAGAAGCUAUUUUGUUUCUUAAAGAUGUUUUUUAAUGUUUGACGAGAUAUUUGCCCUAUAGAAUGUCAUAUCUGAUAAGCUAGGUGAAUUUCUUUCCUGUUUGUGUAUUUCAUUUAGCUUACAUUUUAAAAUUUGAUAGUAAUUAGUAUUUAGAAUGUGUACUGUUUUGUAAAACUUCUACUGCACUCUAACCAAUAGUCACUACAUCACAUACAUUGGCUAGUAAAAAUAAUUAGCUGGUAUAUUUAUAGGGUCCUGUCCACUGCUGACAGUUUUAAUCAUAAUUGCAAUUGAGGCAUUUGUAAGACAAAAGAUGGGAUUUGAAAUAUUUUAUCAGAAAAAUGACAUCUUCCUGAGUACUGAAAUCUGAGAAAAAAAGAGCAUCUUCACUUUAACUGAUUUCUGAGAAAAAAAUCACAAUUUUAGGUUUAGAUAAUCUAAUUCAGAUUGCAGUUUUAAUAUUCACUGGGGUAAGCAGAAUCGCAUGCGUAAACUUAUGUUAGAUAUGCAACAUAGCAACCCUAGUAAACUCAUGGAACUAUGUGUUCCAAAUUCUACUAUCUUCAAAGAAAUCUGCAUUUAUACAUGCAAACAAAUUAUCUCCCACAGCUUCAUUGGAAUACAAAGGUUUAAGUUAAAGGAUGAAGUCACAAUGCAGAUGGUCAUCAUUUUAGACCUGAUAACCACUGAACAAUAAUCUGCUGAGAGUGUUUACCCAUAUUAGCACGUUUCACCAAUCUACACUCUUAACAUGAGCUGAAACACCAAUUCUAGCUCAUGAAGAUUAAAUUAGGAAUGCAUAGCUCAGAAAAAAGGUGCUGCCCUGUUUGUUCUUUUAAAUGUCAACAUCAAUGAAAAUCCAUCUAAAUAAGUGAAAUGAGGUUUUCAAACAAUAUGAAUGUCUUCAACUAGUUUUUGACAGUGUAGUUUCUAUUAUUUGAAUUGGUUCCCAUCUCUAUUGCUAGUGUUGGUGACUGAUGGUCAGUAUUUCACCUGGAGAAGAGUAAAUGUGAAAGGGUUCAGGAGAAAGUGUUGAAAAUAAAACUCAGAUGCAGGAAAAAGUAAAGAGAACAAGCUGCAUCAAGACCCAUACAGCAAGCAGUUGUUCCAUUAUUCUUUAAUCAUCUCUGAAGUGCUCAAUUAUUCAAAUCUAACUUCUCCCCUGCUUCACUAGGUAGUGCAAUCAUAACAGGCUCUGAUGUGAAAACAGGUUACUUUCCAAAAGGAAGGUUUCUAAGUUACAGAUUUAACUUUCCCAAUUGUCAGAUUCAUUUUGAAAAAUAUCAGAACCUGGGAUGUAUUCUUAAGUUGUAUCGAUGGCACCAAAAGACUUCUCAGUAUGUAACUCUCUUCCACUGAAAGAAAAACAUUUCUUUCUUACAAAUGUAUGUACUUCUGAUAAUAGGUGUAACUGAUCUAGUAGUUAUUUUAUCAUUUUGUCAGAAAACAUGGUAGACAGAUAUGGAUUAUGUUCUAAAACAGACUUCUCUCAGUUACAUUCUAAAGUGAAAAUAUAAAACACAGAAGCCAACCUCUCCUAUGGAAAGAAAUUGGUGUCAUAUUUCCUAAGAGUACAUUCCUUUUCUGUUCUUAGUGUGACUUUGUGACUUCCGCAGUUAAAGGGGCCUCAUGAAUGGUUAAAGCUAAACAGCUAUUGCCCUAACUUCCAUUUUAGUCAUUCCAACAUUUUUUAAAGCCUAAUUCUACUUAAAGAAAGGAAGAGAAAGACAUUUGCAUUCACUUUUCUAUCUUCCUGAUCAGCUACUACCAAAACAAAACAAAACAACAAAAACCCAAAAAAUAAAACAAAGCAAACAAACAAACAAAAAAAACAUUUCUGGGCUGAGGAUAUAGCUCAGAUCACUUGUUGAAAAUCUCUAAGCCCUGGGUUUUCUCCCCAGCACUGCACAAAGAAAAAAAAACAAAAGGUAUUUUAUUUUUUUAUUAUUUUUAUUUAUUUAUUUUACUGGUACCAUCGAUCAAACUCAGGACUGCGUGCUUGCAAGGCAGGCGCUUAUGCCGCUGAGCUAAAUCCCCAGCCCCUAACAAAAGAUACUUUAAAUGAAAAUACUUAAGUAUGUUCUAUGACUCACAAAAGGUAUAAGUCAACUUGACAAUAAAUUUAUAAACAUGAAAAGUUAGAGCUAAAGUAGAACUUUGAUUUCAACUUCAUAUUUUACAAGUAGAAAAAGUGUGUUCCUGUGUGUGGGGAUCAGUGUCUUGUUAAAGAUAGUAACUUAUUCAAGGUCACAGAGUUAGGUCAAUAAACCAAAAUUUUCUAGAUUAUAGAAACAAGAUAUAUAUAUAUAUAUAUAUAUAUAUAUAUUGUUAAGCAUAUGUGUUUUAUAGAUGUGUAAAUUAAACGGUCAUUACAGGCACCUUUUCCCCCCUUUUGCUUUUUUAUCUUUGUGGCACUGGGGAUUGAACCUAGGGCCUCAAAUGUUAAGAAAGCACCCUUCCAUAGAUAAAACUACACCCCCAGCCCCAUUUUUCCAUUUACCUAAAACACUGUGAACUCCAAACAUUUCAUAUCAGUGAAAUGAAAAUGUAUUGCAAAGUCAAAAAUAAUUGUAAGAAUCAUUUAAUUUUCUAAAAUAACACUAUGGUUCACCUCCAUUAACAGUUGACUUUUGUACAACUUCUAGACACCAUGAAUUCAUUUAUUUGAACCUAUAAUUAAAAUCUUUUAUGAAAAUUAGGGUAAAUGUAUUACAAAUAAAAUGUCCAAUUAGAAAGUGACCAUUUUUGAGGUAUCCCCUCCAGUUUUAAGUGCAGUGAAGUAAAAACACAGAAGAAAGAUUUCUAAAUUCAAAAUUAUUGGUUUUGGAAAACGCCAAAAUUUACAGAGAUACAAAUGUUCCAAUUCAGAUUUCUACAUACAUGAGAAUAUGAAAAUAAUUUCCAUUUCUUUCUGACUUUCAUGUCAUUUCAUUACUUAGGCUAUUUCAGCUAAGUCCCAUAUAUAUCUAUACAUUUACCUUAUUCAGUUUGAUUAAAGGAGCUUUUAAGAGAUUAGAGCCUCCACCUUUGGAAUGACAUAAUAAAAAUAUUGUCUUAAAAAAGAACUCUAUAGUUGCUAUGUAAAUGCAAACUUCCUCCGACCAUCUUAAUGGAAAUUUUUUGAGAAUAAUACAUUCUGAUACCUUGUCUAGAACAUAUAAAAAUAACCACUUGGCCUUCAUAUUACUUUGCAAACAAAACUGAAAUGGUUUCCUUUUCACUUAGAAACCUAGACAUUGCUUUGUUAAGUCAUCAGGUAAAAAGUACUUAGUUGAGAAGAAAUUCCUAUUUAACACUAAGAACAACUGUAAGAACAACUGAACAUAUUACUUUGGUAAUUUAUCAAAAUAUGCUAAUAAACAGAUUGUUUAGAAUAGUCAGUGUACAUUGAUGUAAUUUUUCAGACCAUUUAAAUAACCUCUUCAUACAGACUUCACAAGUCCCUUUUACCCCUUGCAGCAUUGCUUCAAAAAUAUGGGUAUUUUAGGUUCUUUGUUUUAAUUGCUAUGAAUAUCCACUUUGUUGGUAUAGAACUAGCCAUGGGAAACCAAUUAGAGUCUCACAUUAGUACAGUUAAAUACUAGUUUGACUGUAUUGCCAAGUACCUUUUUUUCCCCAAUAGAUAGAGGUUUUGUCUUGCUUUGGUUUAGCGGAAUUGUUUGUAAAAGGAAAAAAAAAUGUAUAUACAUACUCAUACAUAUGCACACAAACUCUGAAAUUCAAUAGCAUUUGGUUCAUCUGACCUUGGCCUUUCAUCCUUAUUGGUAAUUAUGGGACCAUUUUAAGGGAGGGGAGGAAGACAUAACUUUUCAAUAGAAAGAUACUUUCUGAGCUAUGUUAAGGCUUUGUUACAAUGAGCUGCUGUGACAGCAGCCUCUGUAGGAUAACUAUUAUGUGGAGAGCUAUUAGGAUUUGGAAUUUCUAGAUUUAAGGGAAAAAACAUUUCAGUCAGAAAAAAAGAACUUACCAGCAAAAUAUACAUUUUUACAAAAUAAAGUCAUCAUACUUAAGAUUUACUUCAUAUGAAAUAUUAUUAUUCACAUCAUAAUGCUGAUAACGUGGUCCAGAUUUUCCUCAAUAGAGAUUUGGUGGUUCAGAGGUGUUUGUGAUUUUGAGAUAUACAUUUCAAAAUUAAGUCGACUACUCUUGUACCCAAAGCUACUUAUCUGAUGUGGAAAGUUGUGAAAGCUCUAUAGGGUGUCCCAUUACUACACACACGAAUGACAAUUUCUGUAGUACGAUAAAGAGCCUUGGACUUUUGAUCAUUGUGAUCAGUUUCCAUAUAUCUUCCCCAACCUCUGAAGAAGCCUUUAUAAUCUUAUGUAACUUCAUAGAAUCAAAAGACUAACUGAAGGGAAAAACUGCCUAAAGGUCAUUUUCACCAAUCUGCAGCAUAUCUUUCCCUUUGACUUUAGGGAGUUUCACUCAUAAUAUACCAUCUCAAGAGCUAUACUUCAACUCAAGGGACUGUCCUCAGUAGUAUUUCAGUGACUAGAUGGCAAUAUACCUUUUACUUAAGCUUAAAGUAACAAAUCACUUGCAGUACUGUUAAACUGUUCUUGGUCAUAUCUUUUUCCAUAAAAUUUAAUGUAUUCCCCAAAUACUCAUUGAUCCUAAUUGCCUUCCAACCUAUCCUUGACAAUUUUCCAGUCUUACAUAACCCUUAAAACUUACCUUUGAAAGGCAAGACAAAAGGGAUGCUCUGGAUUUUGGCUAAGUUUUUGGAAGACAUAGAUGAUCAUAUGACAAAUGUUGGUAAGCACUUUAAAACAUAGAGCUAAAUUACCAAAUUAUUAAACUUCUUGGAUACCAAACUAAAAUGAAAUUGAUUAAAAAUGUGAUUUCUAGAGGUUGGGAGUGCAGCAAAGUGGUGCAGCAGCUGCCUAACCAUGUGUGAGCUCCCCCAUCAUACACACACAAGAAAAAAAAAAGUGGUACUUUGAUUAAAGUAUUAACAUCAUCUUCUCGAACAAAUCCAGAACAGCAGCAAUAUGUGAAAACUAGCUCUGGAAAUAAUUUUUGAAAUUUUGGGUUAAAUUUCAGAAAGUAGCAAGUUUACACCUGUGAUCCCUAUAUUCAUAAAUUCAACAUACCCAGUCUAUAGUAACAUUUUAUUUUAAAUUGUGCAACAUCACAAAUCUUCAAACAUUUUGAUCAACUACUGGAAUGACUGAUUUCUCCAAAAUGUAUACAGAAAAUAAAAUGAAUUUGUUAAAACUAUGUAUUAUAGAGAAAUAAAAGCUAAAAUUUGGAGGAUACUUUGGAAGAAAAGCCAGAUUAUAUAUCUAGUGUCAUAUUUUGCCUCAUAAACUUGGAAUAAGCAUAGAAAGUGGGAUUAUAAAGUAGUGAGAUCAACAUUUUUAACUUGCCAGAAUUUGUGUACCAAAAUGUAUGUUCUUCAAAGCAGUCACCUUAAGAAGUUGUACCCAUGUUCUAACGAUGCUACAAUUAUCUCAUUUUGGACUUACACUUCUAGAACUUUGAAACUGUGCCAUACAAUCUCUGAAUAUCUUCAAUGAUAGAAAGUCAUGAUCCUAUAAAUUUUAAAAAAGUCAAAUUUUAGAUACUUUUUUAAUAAAAUCUUGGGUGGUCAAUUGAGUAAUUUCCUGGUUAAAAAAACAAUUUCCAAGUGAUAUUACACAAUAAGGAUUUUGGUCAUUUUUCAGUUUUAUGUAUUCCUGAAACCACGCAGGUUAAGAUAGUGUAUUUCCAUUACCCUCUAAAGUUUGCUAGCUUCCAUUUGUAGUGUGAAACCUGGUUUCAAACGUGCUUGCAGCAGAGCAGCCUUACUGGAUAAAUUCUAUAGCCUCCUCAAAAUACUUUUGAUAACAUAUUUAGGUACAUGAUUUUCAUUGAUCUGGGAAUAAUCAGGAUGAUUUAACCUGAGACAUUAAUGUUUAAAUAGUAAAACACAAUGAGAAUUUCAAUGCUGAUGUAACAAACUGAGAAUUGGCUCUCCAUAUCUAUUUGAUCCACAAAAAAUGGCAUUUUAUAACACAGAGGUCCUGACAAUCAGAAAGAGGUAAUAGUAAAGAAAAAUCUCCAUCCUUUAGGGAUUCGGACUCAAGAAAUCAUGGUAGCAAAAAGUAGUGGAAGGCUCUGAUAAGAAGACAGCAGCUAAAUAAAAUUUUGAGUCUUCUGAAAACUUACAUGUUCAGAGUAGGUGUUUUCUGUACAAAAUCUAGCAAUUAACAUACAGCUUCAACAUUUUGUGGCCACACCUUAAAAACUUCCUUUUACGUCAUCUAUUAAGCAAUCAGUUUAAGAAACCAAGGCAAAGUUGUCUGUAGUCCAGUAAGCAGAGUGUUAAUUGUACUUGGCAUCCUUGGGGAGGAGCACUGGUUAAAAUUCUCAUUAUCUAACAAGGUCAGUGGAAACCAGGAGAUCCAUAAAACCCAAAGGGUUAACCUCUAAACUCAAAGGUUCUGUGAUUUAAUGUUAAAGGAAAUGCAACUUGAUAAAUUUUUACCUUUGAAAUUAACUGUUCAAAGUUCAACUUUAUUACAAAAUACAUACUUUCUCCAAGACAUUUCAGUUCGGAUAAGAACAAACAUAUCCUUCUCAAGGGAAAAUAUAUUGUUUUUGUUUCUUUUAUCAUAAGGAUUCACACAGAAGUACUCAAGAAGAAAGCAAUACUUUAACUUCUCAAAGGAUUCUAUUUCUUCAGGAUUUCUCAAAAAUGGGAUUGAAACUGAUGGGGAGUUUCUUCCUAGUCACAACAAUGAACACAGUUUUGAGCCACAGGUCAGUAGCUGAUAGCAGGAAAGAGAAAUAUUAACACUAAAAGGUCAUGCUUAAUUCCUUUUCCCAGUCUAAUUGGUGGUUUCUCAUACAUCACCACACAGAAAAUGUUUAUGAUCAAAUUUAAGGUUAAAAUUGUAUCACUGGAGCUUAAGUCAUAAAAAGCGAUAUUUGCAAAUGUGUUUGUGCAAAUAGCAUUUUGACUUGGCAGACUACUUAAACCUCUUUAGUAACUAUUACUUUUAUUUAGAUAUUUUCUGUAAGGAGUGCAACAUUGGUGUCAACCUUUACUGUGUUAAUACGAAUCUUGUACAAUAAUUUGUGUAUUUUUAGCUUCAGUAUAAACAAAAAUAAAGCAUUUACUCCCCCCCAAA